GCAAGGGCUGUGAAUGGGUCUGUCUUGCUUACAGCCUCUCAGACAUGCAGUCCUUGUUACUGAAGAAAUAGAAAAGGGGACUCCCACUAUGAUUCAUUACUUUCAUUACUUUCAGCCUCCUUGCUUUCAGCUGAUUCGAUUAAACACUGAGUCAUAUCUACACAGGUUGGGCCCGUGAUGUAGCCCUGAUGUAACCCAUUCCUGUUUGACGCCUUGGCCCUACUGUAACUAACCCCCACUCUGGGGCACAGGUGGACACGGUAGUUCAUCUCCCUGAUCUGGGCUCAUUCAUCCCCCAUAUUUACUGUACGAGUUAAUCUCUGGAGUCUCCACCAUGCUGUGUGUGCCUACCUUUAUAUGGACCUGGUAUUGUUGCGUGGAAGGACAAGGCCCUAACAAUAUGCCCAAGAAGAGAUAAAGCAAACAGGCAAUUGCUUACACAAAUGUCCCAGGUAAAUUUAGCAGAGGUUUGUUAUGUCAAUCCAGGACACACUUGGAAAGAUCCUGACCCAAGUCCGAUCAGAGAGAGAGCCUGAGACGCGGCGAGUAAUCUACUGGCCGCGGUCAGCUUAUCCUCUUAGCCCAGCGAGAGAGGGCUGUGGGUGUGCCGGAGGGGGGGGGGGAUGCAUGCUCUGUCAAGGUGUGUGUGUUUGUCUGUGUGGAUGGGUGUGUAUGUGUGGGUGUGUGCUAGUGUGUGUCUGUGUGGAUGUGUCCGGGUACUUUCCAGAAAAUGCCUAGCCAUGAAACCUUGCCUACCACCUGUGGGGACAUGCUCCAUACGGCACGAGAGGAUGACCGCGUAGUUAGCGUGGACAGGCGUGAUGAAGACAGAUGGUGAAAUCCUCAUUCGUACAAAGGGAGGAUAUAGACGUGGCCGGCUUGUUUUUGUUUUUGUUUGUUUUUGUUUUGUUUUGUUUUGUCCUGUUUGUUUGUUUGAUUGAUCGGAAACUGUGUGGAGUCUACUAUGGUACACGCCACAUCUAGCAACGAGACCCUUGAUGUGUACAGUGGAAUAUGGUAUGGUUCCUCUGUUGCCACUCUGACAGGGUCGCACCUCUAGUAGAAGAAUCGGACAUCAUCGACUUGGAGAAGCGCUACUGGCUGUUGAAGGCUCAGUCGCGGACGGGUCGCUUCGAUUUGGAAACCUUUGCUCCACUGGUCUCGCCUCCCAUUCACGCAUCGCUUAGUGAAGGCCUGUUCCACGCCUUUGAUGAGAACCGGGACAAUCACAUCGACUUCAAGGAGAUCUCGUGUGGCCUGUCUGCAUGCUGCCGGGGGCCCGUGGCUGAGAGACAGAAGUUCUGUUUCAAGGUGUUUGAUGUGGACCGCGAUGGCAUCCUGUCGAGACAGGAGGUGCAGGACAUGGUGGUGGCCCUGCAGGAGGUGUGGAAGGACAACCGCACGGACACCUUCCCCGAACUGCUUGCCAACGUGUCAGACAUAGUAGAGGGCAUCCUGAAGAUGCACGACACAACAAAGAUGGGCCACCUGACUCUGGAAGACUACCAGAUCUGGAGCGUGAAGAGUGCCCUUGCCAAUGAGUUCCUCAACCUGCUAUUUCAGGUGUGCCACAUAGUGCUGGGUCUGAGACCGGCCACACCGGAAGAGGAGGGACAGAUCAUCAGGGGCUGGCUGGAGAGGGAGAGUAGGCAUGGGCUACACAUGGGCCAGAACUGGUUCCUCAUCUCCAUGCAAUGGUGGCAGCAGUGGAAAGACUACGUCAAAUAUGACAACAACAAGGCCAUUGUGGUGGAGCAGCCCUCCAUCCUGGGCGUGGGGAGGAGGAGUCCCCAGUCGUGCGCCAGCAUGGAGCCCAUCCCCAGCCCCUCUCGAGCGGGCUACAGCAACGGCGCCGGGGUCACCAGGUCCUCCAGCUCCUCGGGGGAGAAGUCGCCAGACAACAUCUCCAGCGCGUCAGAGGCCGCCGAGAGCCCGAACGCCAGUCUGAUCCCUCACAUGACCUCGUCGGCCACAGAGCUGUGCUUCGCCCGGCAGCACAACGCCUCGGACAACAACAACCAGUGCUUCUCCAGCGCAAACGGCAACCUGUCCUCUCACCUCACCAUGCAGAGACCCGGAGCCAUCGACAACCAUCCACUAGUCCUCACCGAGCCUAUGAAGGCUCCAACACUAACCAUGGAGGGUGGGCGUCUGAAAAGAUCCCCGCCGCUGACGCCGGGCCGGGACUUUGAGACAGUGCCAGAGCCCGUGUGGAGGGCACUCUACCACUGGUACGGUGCCAACCUCAGCCUGCCACGACCGGUCAUCCAGCACACCAAGACAGGCCAGCCAGAGCUGGAGCUCUUCCCCCGCUACCUGCUCUUCCUGCGGCAGCAGCCGGCUACGCGCACCCCCCAGUCCAACAUCUGGGUGAACAUGGGUAUGACCAGCCUGCGAAUGUUCCCAGAGCACAUACCCCGAGGUAACGUCCCCUCUCCUAACGCCCCUCUGAAGCGCGUGCUGGCCUACACGGGCUGCUUCAGCAGGAUGGGCACCAUCAAGGACAUCCACGACUACCUGUCCCAGCGGCUGCGCAUUAAGGACGAGGACAUGAGGCUCUGGCUGUACAACAGCGAGAAUUACCUCACCCUCCUGGACGAUGAAGAUCACACACUAGAAAGUCUGAAGAUUCAAGACGACCAGCACUUAGUAAUUGAAGUUCGGAACAAAGAUAUGAGCUGGCCAGAGGAAAUGUCAUUCAUUGCCAACAGCAGUAAAAUCGACCGACACAAAGAAGUCCCUACAGAGAAGGGUGCCACUGGCCUGAGUAACCUGGGCAACACGUGUUUCAUGAACUCCAGCAUCCAGUGUGUGAGCAACACCAAGCCCCUCACGGACUACUUCAUCUCAGGGAGGCAUCUCUACGAGCUCAACAGAACCAAUCCCAUUGGAAUGCGUGGUCACAUGGCAAAAUGCUACGGGGAUUUGGUCCAGGAGCUGUGGAGCGGAACGCAGAAGAAUGUGGCGCCCUUAAAGCUCAGGUGGACGAUAGCAAAAUACGCUCCGCGAUUCAACGGCUUCCAGCAGCAGGACUCCCAGGAGCUGCUGGCCUUCCUGCUAGACGGCCUCCACGAGGACCUGAACCGCGUGCACGAGAAGCCCUACGUGGAGCUGAAGGACAGCGACUUACGGCCCGACUUCGAGGUGGCCUCAGAGGCGUGGGAUAACCACUUGAGGAGGAACCGUUCCAUCGUGGUGGACUUGUUCCACGGCCAGCUCAAGUCCCAGGUCAAGUGUAAGACCUGUGGUCACAUCAGUGCCCGAUUCGACCCCUUUAACUUCCUGUCCCUGCCCCUGCCUAUGGACAGCUCCAUGCACUUAGAGAUCACAGUGAUCAAGCUGGACGGCUCGACUCCAGUGCGGUAUGGCCUGCGUCUCAACAUGGACGAGAAGUACACAGGCCUGAAGAAGCAGCUGAGCGAGCUGUGUGGACUCAAGCCAGAGCAGAUCCUGCUGGCCGAGGUCCACAACUCCAAUGUCAGGAACUUUCCACAGGACAAUCAGAAGGUGCGUUUGUCUGUGAACGGCUUCCUCUGUGCGUUCGAGAUCCCGGUACCAGGGUCACCUACCUCUGUCACCUGCCCCGCACAAUCAGAAAGCACACCCACUGCCAAAGGGACAGCUGCUAACGGUCACAUUGGGAAACCCAGUCUGAUCCCCAACGGAAUGCCAAGCACAGUGGUGCCAUACACCCCAGAGAAACCCCUUCCCAAUGGCAUUCCCAACGGACACGCAGUGGCAGUCCAGGACAGCCCCUUCAUCGGUUACAUCAUCGCCAUGCACAGGAAGAUGAUGCGAACGGAGCUGUACUUCCUGUCGUCUCAGAAGAACCGGCCCAGUCUGUUUGGCAUGCCGGUGAUCGUGCCCUGCACGGUGCACACCAGCAAGAAGGACCUGUACGACGCCGUGUGGAUCCAGGUGUCCCGGCUGGCCAGCCCACUGCCCCCUCAGGAGGCCAGCAACCACGCCCAGGACUGUGAUGACAGCAUGGGCUACCAGUACCCCUUCACCCUGCGCGUGGUGCAAAAGGAUGGCCACUCCUGCGCCUGGUGCCCCUGGUACAGGUUCUGCCGAGGCUGCAUGGUGGACUGCUGCGAGGACAGGGCCUCCCUGGGGAACGCCUACAUCGCAGUGGACUGGGACCCCACCGCCCUGCACCUCCGAUACCAGACCUCCCAGGAGAGGAUAGUGGAGGAGCACUCCAGCGUGGAGCAGAGUCGGCGGGCCCAGGCGGAGCCCAUCAGCCUGGACAGCUGCCUGCGGGCCUUCACCAGCGAGGAGGAGCUGGGCGAGGACGAGCUGUACUACUGCUCCAAGUGCAAGACCCACCGGCUGGCCACCAAGAAGCUGGACCUCUGGAGACUGCCCCCCGUGCUGAUAGUUCAUUUGAAACGGUUCCAGUUUGUCAACGGUCGCUGGAUCAAGUCUCAGAAGAUUGUGAAGUUCCCCAGGGAGGGCUUUGACCCCGCUGCCUUCCUGGCCCCGCGAGAGAGGAGCCUGCAGGAGGAAACCCAGAGGGCAGCGGGGGCAGGAGGCACAGCCGUAGGGGACUCGUCCUCCUUGGCUGCCAGUGGCACCAUCUGCAGUGUCUCCUCUGUCUCCACGAGCACCUUCAGCAGCCUGUCAAGCACACCCAAAGCUUCCCCAGCACUGGCACGCCGGGCGGGCAGUCCGCUGAAGGGCUCCAGUCCCGCGGGCAGCCCCAAGAGCGGCGGGCGCAAGCAGGGCCGCCUGCGUCUGCCGCAGCUUGGCAGCCGGCACCGGCUCUCCACCAGCAAGGAAAACCUGGAAAGCAGCAGCUUCAACAUCACCAGCGGCAGCACAGAUGGAAUGAGCAGCAGCAGCAACAAAGAGAGCAGCCCUGACCAGGAUACCAGCUCGGUGGCGGAGGUGGAGGCGGGGUCGGGGGCAGGCCAGGAGGAGGGGGGGAACGCGCUGGACUCCUGGUCGGAGGAAGCUUCUGGAAGCGAGAGCGAGGUGGUCGUGAUGAAUGGACUGGUGCCCGAGGGUGGCCAUGCCAAUGGCCAUGCUGAGACCAACACUGACGCGGAGAGCGCUCUUCACCAAAGAGACGAAAUCUGCCUGCAGCCUGUAUACAACUUGUAUGCAACCUCAUGCCAUUCAGGAAUCAUGGGUGGUGGCCACUAUGUGACUUAUGCCAAAAACCCCAACGAGAAAUGGUACUGUUACAACGACAGCAGCUGCAAGGAGGUGCACUCUGAGGAGAUUGACACGGACUCUGCCUACAUCCUCUUCUACGAGCAGCAGGGAGUGGACUACUCGCAGUUCCUGCCAAAGACUGACGGCAAAAAGAUGGCCGACACCACAAGCAUGGACGAGGACUUUGAGUCGGACUACAAGAAAUACUGCGUCCUUCAGUGAUGUCACGUUCUUCCACAAAAGCACUUUACGCGUGAGAUGCACGCACAGUCAAAGGUGCAAGACCGGCGAGGAGAGAGUCGCUGGCGUCGGGAGUUGCAAGCACAAAGGGUCUCCUUGCUUUUAAGAAUCACAAGCUGACUUUUCUUCGUUGCUGGUGGUCACCAUGAUGGAUAGAGGUACCUUACAGCUGUUUUAGGUGUGUUGUUCAACAGUGUGUCUGAUUGAAAGAAUGAGAGAGAGAAAGAGAGAGCAAGAGGAGAACAGAAAGAGUGAGAUUAUUUCAUUGUUGCCAAGUGAACAAACGAGGCCCAUUUUUAGCACAAGAUGGAGCAAAGUGAGUUCACUGUAUCACUCACCAUAUUGUCCUCUUCCCCUCCAAAAAAAGCAAAAAAAAAACAUUGAGUGUGACUUCAUACAUAUAGAUAUAAAUACAUAUAUAUAUGUAUGGUUGUUAGGAUGUAAGCACAUGACAUGCUCACAGGCGAUAGGUUUGCUCUGAACUAAUGCGUGUCCUUAGGAAGAUCCUGUUGUCAGUGCUAUAGGCUGGCACAACCCACCACAACAAGCACACGGUCAGUAUUUCAACUAACAGAAAAAUAAUCUCAUUAAGUCAUUGGCCAGACCAAACCAUUUCCCAAAGGUUUGCUUUCUUCAGAUGUCUGUAAAAAAAAUGUCAUACCUCACUACCUCACUUUUCAUUUCUUUUCUUUUUUUUGUCUUUAUUAAGCAAAUUGUAAUAUGAAAAAUGAAUGACCUGAUAUCAGUGUCAUACCCACCUUGGAAAAUCAGUCACAUUUCGAUUAGGAGUGGGUCAUGAUUCAUUUUCGAAUAUUUGAAUAGCCGUUAAAUGGUAAAAUAUUUAUGCUACUAUCUUCUUGUCUUAAAAAAAAAAUAUGUUUUCCCUUGGUUUUAUCGGCGCCUGCUAGUAAGUAAUGAGUUACUACUGCCAGAAGGUGGUGGUAAUGCACCUAAAAGCUGUUUGCUAGCCACCAUUCAACAACAAAAGAAGAAAAAGAACAAGUUACUACCAGGCACUGAUAAAACUUGUGUGAGAUGCUACUGUACAAACAGGACAGAAAUGCAAAGCCAAAGAGUACUACAGCAGUCAAAAAGUUCCAUGUGGAACUCCUUCAAAAAAGUCAACAAAAACAAAGUGCAGUGCAACUCUGCCAGGUAAAGCAUGAAUGGGUCUCUCUCUCUCUUUGUGUGUGUGUGUCAUACCUGUCAAGGUAUCGUGACUGAAAUCCAUAAGGUCAGUGAUCCAAUCCAAUGUCGAAUAAUAGUUGAAUAGUAGUCAGAUAAUUCCCAGCGGUUUAUUGAAUAGCAAUUUUGCUUGAAAUGCCCAUUCCUGUUUCUGAAGUCUCUUUCUUUCUCUUCGGGGCCCAUGGGGCUAUUAACCGCUCCAAACCAUGAUGAAUGAAAAUGAAUUACAGUCGUAAUUUUCAACUGUUAACUGCCAACCCCUCAUUUUGUGCUCAGAUGAACCAUAUUGACUCCUGAGGAAACUGGAUUUGUAGUUAUUUGGCUUGCUAACUCAAGAGAUUGUGGUUGAAUCUAGUACAGUACAAGGAUAGGUGCCACACAGCCUAUUUCUCACUGAACCAAUGUAAUGUUUAAUUUAUUUUUGUUUUUGUUUACUUUGAGUAUUGAUUUUUAGUCAUGUAUUUUUAUUUGUGUUAUUUUUAAACAGCACAGUUCAUUUGUUUGUUAGCAAGGGCUUCUUUUUUUUUAACUUUUUUUUUGUUCAUGCAAAGAGAGAACGCAUAUCAGUCCUUUAUGCCAUUUUACUGCUAUGUACAGCUCGGUCAUCUCAUCUCACGGCUUAUAGAAUGUCAACGUUUCUCACAGACCGAUUAACCCUUCCUUCCCUGUGGACGUCUCGUCGAUUCCAAUGACUAAGGACUCUAGCCAAAUGCAUCCAAACCUGCUGUUGCUAGAUGUGUUCCCCCUGGAUGAGGUUUCACAUUGUCAAGCCAAAGUUUGAGUCCAGUUGCCUGGAGAGAUGGCCUACCCAGUGAUGGGAAGACUGGGUCCCCCUGGAGUGUUGAGAUGUUCUGUGAAACAUCGCUGCUCUUAUCUUAGACUACGGUUGGAGGGUGGAUGCACCUGUGCCAGGGCUUGUGGAUUGUCAGUAGCAUUUAUUCUGAAACUUUUAAUCUGCAUCACCACUGUGAAGAGAUAUGUUGAACAAUGAAUGGUUAAUGUUUUAUGUUUUUUUGUUGUUGUUGUUUUGUUUUCUGUGUAUUUAUGAUUGUAUGAUUCCAUGAAUCUCCUCCUUUAUCGAGAGGGCAUUAAGCCUUGGAUGCUUCACUGAGCUUGUAGAGAUCAAUGUGCCCCCCCUUCCCACACACACUCACACACACACACGCAUACACCCCAAUUGAAGUGUUUUUGCUGCUGUACUAGUAGGGGUUCCACGUUCAGAUAAAAGUGCGAUAAAAGUGCUUAGUCUGUCACAAAAUGGUAUGUAUGAAAUGAACCAUAACCGCAUUACUGUAAGUUAUUUAUGGUCAUGUCAUGACACCAAUUAUAUUUUUUUAAAGCUAACUGCUAUCCAUGUUGAACUGUUCAGUGUGUGAGAAAUGAGCACACUAUUCAAAGGGAGCGCCCAGGAGGACCUCAGUGUGACCUUCAUUGGAAAGAGGUUUCCAUGCAUUCUUUCGCAGGCCUGGCUUGGAAGAAAGAUUGUUAUGAUGUCACUAGACUUAGCUGGACAGGAAACAAUCUUUUCCGUCAGGCUUACAGUUUUUUUGCUCCUAAGUUCACAAACACACUGCACAGAUAGCUUUUAUGGUUGUUAACACUCGCAUGCACACACACACACACACACACACACAAUUUUGAAACAGGGAUAAUUUAUUAACAUCUUUCUGGCAGAAGUCUGAUCAGUUGGCUGGUAGUGCAAUCUACUACUGAAAUGUAUGUCUUUGUCCUGUUUAUAUAUUUUUUUCUUGAUUUUUUUUCUUGAUUUUUUAAAUAAAUUAAGUUUGAUGGGUUGGCAGAGCUUUGCUAUUAAUUUAAUAAAUGUUAUUUUAUGAAGUGUUGUUUAAAGAAUACAAAUGACAUUGCACUGACAUUUAAAAAAAAAUGUACAUAAAGUGUUUUGUAAAUAAAUCUAUAAAAAAUGUAUUUGAGUAUGAGCUGUAAAAAAUGUACCUGUAGUUGUAUAUGGGGUGAUACUGUUGAUCUGUAACAAUUAUUCAAGACCAAUUAAAUACAGCAGAAGCAAUCAGAAACACA